AUGGGCGUGCUUUGUCGUCAUCUCAGGAGAUGGUGGAAAUCUGCCCGUCGAUCUGACUCCGUCCAGAAAUGUCAAGAAGACAAGUCAAAGCCAUCUUCGUCGAUCCACGAACAUCCAGAAGGGCUAUCUACAUCUGCCGGGAAAACGAAUGCUUCUGGAAAGGAACAGCGUCCCAGAGAGCAGCAGCACUCAUCUGGACGCCUGUCUGGCAGAUUAAGAAGGCGGCUCUCGAGAAAAUCGAAAUUGUUCCGUGCCCCUUCAAGAAAAGCACAUCACCAAGACGUACGGUCUUUGUUCCCAUCCGAAUCUCCCAAGCUCUUCUUAAACCCUGCCUCGUUCGAUGACUUUGGAAGCAGCUUGGUGAGUGAGAGAGAAUACGACAGUGAUGCCCAGUUUGUCAGCACUCCAAAGCAUGCUGCUCAGGGUUCUCCGCGUCCAGUUACGACAAGUGGCCGGACACUAUCGUCCUCUGGGCGGGACUAUAACAAAAUGGGCUUGAACAAUACAACUGAACCACUCCGUUUCUUUCCAACACCGGACAUUGGGGGUUUAUCAGACAAAGACGGCGGUUUCUUCAACGCUGGCAAGGAACUUCCUGGGUCGGAUUUCGUAUUUUCUAAACUUCAUGAUUCGCAAACUCAAAAUAUACCAACCUUGGAUGGAAAGGGUAAGGUAAUAGACCUGCCCAGGCCAGCCAGUCCAAUCGGAUCAGCGAUGGAUGGUUCCAGGUAUAAUAGAAUAUCGGGAGAAACCAUUAGCCUCCCGGACUGGCAGCAAGCAUUCUUUGCUCCCAGUGAGGGAGCAGUUGGCACAUUAAGGCCCCUAGCCAACAACAAUUUGAAUUCCAGCAAUGGGCAGCAGCCCACUCUGCCACAACAAAAUCACCAGUUGACACUUGCACAUAGAAGCACUGGCGGGCAACUAGCUCAACCGGGCUCGUUAGAUAUGCUGAACGAGCACAUAUCAGAUAUCAUUGUCGAAAAGAGACGGCACUCAGUGAAGCACCCAGGUCCAAUUGGAAGCAUCGCUGCGCGGUUGGCUUCAGCAGAGUCCUCGGAUUCUCCGACUGAAUACAUCCCUGAACUUAUUAUCGAGAAAAGACGCCGCCAAACCUCAAUUCCAGGUGUGCGUUCGAUUCAUCUUUGCGAUCUCGACAUAUCUAGGGUCCUAGCAUCAUCAUCGUCGAUAACGCCACCAAAUUUAUCUCAAACGCAAUCGUUUGAUGAAAAUCGACGGGAAUAUACACCAAGUUCCCGCAGCAUAUCUGAUCAAGAUGGUUCACAAGCUUGGCAGAAGAGUGCAGAGAAAAUAGAAAUGCCUACAAGAAUGGUAUCCCAGAGGGAAUACGUAUCCUCGAUUUAUUCGAGAAGUACUUGGUCUGCCAGCGCUUCUAUCGACUCCAUGAGGCCACAUCCUUCCGGCUUUGGUUCGAUAAUUUAUGAGCAAACCGAGCCAGAGAAGAGAAGUUCUGCCAUGACCCCGGCUAUCCAAAGCUCUGUGGCAUCAUCUCGAAACUCGGAUUCAGAGGAGGAAAAAGGUGCGAUCAUCACCACAAAGGAACCCCAAAAAAGCAAGUUCACUGAGCACUUUGACCUCGACUACCAAACCCCUCUAGAGGUCGUAUUCCCAUAUGCGCCUCGUAAAAUUAGCAUCGGAUGGAUGUCGGGUGGACGACGCCUCGGUUAUGGAUACACGAUGGUGGGUACUGAUGAAGAUGACGAACGGUCAUCACCAAAGGAUUCAUAUUCGCUUGCAGAAAGCGAAAGGGACCAUGCGCCAAAUGAAUUAUCGACCGAGGACGAAUUUCAGGAACACGCCGAGAAACGGCACACAGGGCAGCAGGAACAGAUACCAACGUUAGGAGGAACGUCAACACAUGUUCAUGAUAUCGAUUAUCAUGCUUACCAACGUCGCUGGUCCGGUGCAACUACCUUGCUAAGAAAGGUAAAGACGAAAGAAAGCACGGGUAGCGAUUCUACGUCGCGUUCAUUAUGGACAAGGCUUUCAAGCCAUGCAAGGAGAAAUCGAUGUGCGGACAAUGCAAAAUUUGCAGAUCAAGGCCCCAGGCCAAGUUUCGAGUCAACCCAGAGAGCAAAGCGAAGUCAUCGUACGAAGACUCUCUCUCUUAUUGAAAGGCCGACUAGAAAACACACAAGGAUAUGGACUAAAAUACGUCAUCUGAGAAGCCUACAGAUGAUAAGACGCCAUGCGACAGAUGAUUCAUCUAAGCGGGAACUGGGAUCUUCGGCAGAAAGCAGUCUUUCAAACGUGCAUUGUUCAACCCUGAAAAGCGACACGAGCGAGAUUGAGAAUAUAGAUGGUGGAAAACGGCGGGCAAGUGCCGCGCAAGGCGAGAUUCAUACUGCAGUGGUCAUAUAG